AUGCGUUCUGCUCUUCCUUCGAGGCCCAUGACCCAGAGAAGCGAGAGCAAGAACGGCUCCGAGUCCGGCCGCUACCGUUCCCGGAUACGGUCGCCUUCGUCAGAUGAGGAAGAGGACCGUCGCUCGGCCGGACCACCAGCAUAUUCCAUGUCCGAGACGCAUCGCCAGCCAAGUCCGGCAUCGCCUCCGUCUCUAGUCCAGCCGCUGAGCCCAGCGUCAGCCGCCGCUGAGGCUGCCUCUUCCACCGCCGCCACCUCGCCGUCGCACCAAGACGCGGAAACGCACUCGGAUGCUGGCGCAAGUGUCGUCCAGGGCCUGAGCGGUCAAGUUUGCAGCAACUGUGGCAUCACUCGAACACCCUUGUGGAGAAGGUCACCACAAGGCGCCAUAAUAUGCAACGCAUGUGGUUUAUAUCAGAAGGCCAGGAACACCGCUCGCCCGAGCUACCUGAAGAGGCCGUCAAAUGCUACUGCAGGCAGCAGUGCGCGGUCCCGCAGAACCCCGGAUGCCGCUUCCACCUCGCCGGGGGCUGGCUUGCAGCUGCUACCCGCCACGCCUGGAGCCACGUACGUUGCCGCAGAUCAGACGGCACCCGGGACAUGCCCCGGUGGUGGACACUGCAACGGCACCGGCGGUGCCGAAGGAUGCAGCGGCUGUCCAGCAUUCAACAACCGGAUAUCCAAGACGGCGAACAUCAGUGUCAUUAAAGGCGACCACGCCGUGGAAAUUCGGUCGCAAAGAGCAAAUGGCGAGUGCUCAGGGACUGCCACUACAGCGUCCUAUGAUUCCACAGCACCCAUCGACGUGGCCAGCCUGCAAGGCCAGAUCUCCACUGUGGUCAUCGCUUGUCAGAAUUGCAGCACGACCAUCACGCCACUCUGGCGACGAGACGAGAACGGCCGGACGAUCUGCAACGCCUGCGGCCUAUACUAUAAACUGCACGGCGUGCACCGGCCGACUUUUAUGAAAAAAUCCAUCAUCAAGCGACGGAAACGGGUGAUCCCAACGGCCCAGGACGCACAGGGCGACGAGUACUCCUCGUCUGGCGAACACGGCGUGUCUCCACCGCCAGCCGCAUCUGCACAGUCUGCACAGUCAGCCGGUCUUGCCGGCCAGCCGACGCUGCCUUCUCCAGCUGAUGUGGCAUUGGAACGCGGCACCUUGAACUCGGACGGCUCGGUCAACCUGGGCCUCCGGAAACGGCCAGAUCACCCGAUGUCACUCGUUCCCGAGCCGCUGUUGCGUCAGAAUUGCCUGGCCCCGCCACGACAUGGGGGUGGCGACUUGACGCAAUACCACUCGUCGUCAUCGCAGCAGCCGUCCAGCUAUCGAAGGGAGGCAUCUGGUUCUCUUAUCGACGACAAUCGCUUGGCGCCUCUGACCGGACUCGCUUCCAUGCCUAACAACGAGCGGCAAACGUCGCUGUCACCGUCCUCUUUUCUCUCGCCCACGCGCAAGCGCUCGUUCUCGUCAAGUGAGACCGACUACGCCAACCAGACCUCGGCCAAUGGCGACGGCAAUAGCAGCACAGGGGCUGGCGGCGGUGGCAACAACAACCAGGAAGCGGUGACAAAGCGGCUUUCGUCGAUCAAGUCGAUCCUAAACGCUCCGACCGACGACGAAGACAAUACUAUCAUGGGUGGCAUGGGAGGCCCGUACUCAAGCCACGGCAAUAACGACAAAGAGGAAUCUGCCCGUGUCCGAGCAGAGAAACGGGCGGCACUGCGGAGAGAAGCCGAACGCAUGCGGCAGAUGCUCGCGGCAAAGGAAAGAGAGCUGGCCGAGUUUGACUGA